AUGGAAUGCCAGCAGACACACAGCACGCCAGACACGGUGCACUUUGCCUGUGAUGAUGUAAAUAGUAAGCCUACAAGAGAAUAUUUGUACAAUGGAGAGACUGUCUGUGUAGAAGGAGUAUUUGAUGGUGUAAAACUAUCACUGUAUAAUGAGAUAAACCCUAACCCAAAAUCACCUAAGAAAGACUCUCGCACGGAUUUAGACAGUCUCAACCCAGAAUGUUCUCCCGUGGAGGAUAAUGGGCCUCAGGUGUGUAAUACUGCUCUGGACCCACAUAAUAUAAAUUAUGAAGAAAGUAGUAGUAAUAUAAAUUUACAGUCUAUUGAAGGACAAGUAUGCUCUGGGUAUGAGUAUAUUACUGGGAAUAGGCCGUAUUGUAUUCCGUGCUCUGUGGUUGCAGUUAAAUUUGAAUAUUUAGAAUUUUCAAAGAGCAUUGAGUGCCCUGAGAGUUAUUGUCUCUCGAAUGUGAUAAACAAUGCGGAAGAAGUUGUUCUUAAAAGUGAAAUAUUUUCUGUGGUGCCUCCAUUCCAAUUAAUUGAAAAAAUCCAAGGAAAUUAUAUUUUAGUCACUGCAGUUCCUGAUGGAGCACUUUGUUCCUCUUCUUCUGAUAUCCCUGUUAUUUCUAUAAAUGGGAGAAGAAUGGUGCAUAAAGAAAAUGGUGUGUAUAAGAUCAAACUAUUAAAAAUAAGUGAUUGGAGUGUGCCCAUAUACAUAUCUGCUGAUUUUGGGCAGAUUCAUUAUACAAGAAAGUCCUCUCUAGUACUCCCGAAUGACUUUAUGUAUUCAAUAGGGCUUAAGCGGAUAAAGGAGAAGUUCUUUAUUAAACUAACUCUGUGCAGAACCCUGGCUAAUUCAUAUAAAAUCAUCAUUAUGAACCCAUUAAUGGGAGAUGAGUAUAGUGAGCCUGUGGAAACCCUCCAUACAAACUCAUUAGAAGAUGCGCUUGAUGUGGAAAUGUUAGAUGAACAGUCCAUAGAUAUUUCUGUGCAGGAUUUAUUAGUGGGUGCACUAAAACAUGAAACUAUAAUUGACUCUCCAGAUACAGUCACUGAAAUACUCCUGCAAAUACAGAAAAAGAGUUCUUUAAAAAGAAACCAUCUUUUUUCAGCCAAAGUAAAUGAUUUUCCGAUUGAGUUCUUCAUCAAGAUAUAACCCGAAUACCCUCUAAUACUGAAAUAUACUUACAUAACCAGAAUAUAUUUCAUAUUUAUUAGGUAUUCUACCACUGUAAAUAUAAAUAACCCGAAUAAAAACUUAUUACACCCAGAAAUAACCAGAUCUAGCCCGAAUUUCAAUCUUUUACCCCAUAUAAUUUCUACUGUACGUAAUAAAGUAUACUAAACUAC